GAGUCCCGCAUUGUUUGGAUCAGCUGUGCGUGGAUGUGAAACCCCACCCAAUGAGGAAGAACGCGCCGCGAGCAGCAGCAGCAGCAGCAGCAGACCCGGACCGAGCUCGAGCCGCUGUUCACCAUGAUCGCGCUGUUCAACAAGCUGCUGGACUGGUUCAAGGCGCUCUUCUGGAAGGAGGAGAUGGAGCUGACGCUCGUCGGCCUGCAGUACUCGGGGAAAACCACCUUCGUCAACGUGAUCGCGUCGGGUCAGUUCAGCGAGGACAUGAUCCCUACGGUCGGCUUCAACAUGCGCAAGAUCACCAAGGGAAACGUCACCAUCAAGUUGUGGGACAUCGGCGGUCAGCCGCGCUUCAGGAGCAUGUGGGAGCGAUACUGUCGCGGCGUCAGCGCUAUCGUGUACAUGGUUGAUGCGGCCGAUCCGGAGAAGAUCGAGGCGUCGAAGAACGAAUUGCACAACUUGUUAGACAAACCCCAGCUGCAGGGAAUCCCAGUUCUGGUUUUGGGCAAUAAGCGAGAUCUUCCUGGAGCUCUGGAUGAGAAGGAGCUCAUUGAGAGAAUGAACCUGUCAACCAUCCAGGACAGAGAGAUCUGCUGUUACUCAAUCUCCUGUAAGGAGCAGGACAACAUUGACAUCACACUACAGUGGCUGAUCCAGCACUCGCGGACCCGGCGGAGCUGAGGAGGCGGAGCCAGCAUCUGAUUGGAGGAACCGCAUCAUGUGAUCAACUGUAUUUUAGGCGUCUCUUGAUUUCUUUCGAGACAAACAAGCAUCCGCCCCUCCCUAUGUUCUUAUAAACUAAUCCACAUCAUUUACAUCAUUGCUUUUUUACAGUUUGUCAUGAAGUCACAUGACAUGUGACAUGCUUCAGGGCGCUCGCGCCGGCAUUUUAUUUUAACGUUUUUGUCAAGAUUAUGAGAACAUUCCACAUGAUCUCUGAAUGUUCGCUGGUAGAUUACGUUGAUUUACACUGUUGCUUUGCGUUUAGCAAGAUGUUAAAUCUUGCUAUCAUUAGUCUGUUAGCGUGACCCGGUGCUAGCGUUGUUUCUACAAACAUGACAUCAUCCCGUGGGCAUCAGGGUCACAUGGUUUGCGUUAAUAUUGUAGCAUUACGAAAUAUUUUUAUCUGAAAGCACAUGAAUCAUUCUGAAGAGUUUAAUGUGUCCAAGAGUAGGUUUUAUACAUUUUUGUUGUUGUUUCUCAGUCACUAUGACAACAGCAUUGUAUUGUUGACAUCGGUGGGUUGUCAUGGCAACCACGUUGUUUUGUUUUUAGGAACGUCAGUCUGCGAGCGUGUGCAGAGCUGCAUCAGUUUUUUAUUUGAUUUUUCGACAGGACGCAAUACUGUAUCAGAAGAAAAAUGUUGAUCUGUCUCUGUCGGACCCUCAUAUCGUUGCGCUAAUAAAAACAGCGGAGAAGCCGCAAAUGUUGUGCGAAUAUCCUGCUGAAGUCCAGUGUUGUUUCUGAACGCUGUUCCUAUUGGGGAGAGACGAAGAUCUUGUGAUUUUUCUCGCUUUGAUUAUUUCGUUUACAGCCUGUUUCGUUUUUAUCGCACGUGUGGGCGUUUUUUGUGCUUAAAUCAUUACGGCUUAUAAACGCGUCAGUAGAUUAUACAUAUGUAAAUUGACAUAUUUUGGUUGUUUUUUGCAUGUUUUUACUCAUGUUUUUUCACAGUGUUUUUCAAUUGGAUUAUGUAAAUAGCAACUUGAACCAAAUGAGAUGUCCCUCCUAAACAUUACAGUGUUUGUCUUAUUGUGAUUAGCAUCCUAUGAUAAUAAUAACGAUAAUAAUAUUAAUAUAGAAGACCCCACUCAUAUCACAGCAAUCUGAACAAACAGAUUGUGUGUGUGUGUGUGUGUGUGUGUGAGAGAGAGAAAGUGUAAGGGAUGGUGUUUUGUGCACGGAUGCCAUCAUGUAGAAUAGAGUAAUACUUACUUUAUAAAUGCCGAAUACCGAUAAUUUUCCGCAAUUGCUAAUCACUUUAUAUUAAUCUUCACUAAUGUUUGAUUGUCAUUAGUUCAUCGUCUACACAAGAGUGAACGACGCAAUGCAAUAAAAUGGUGGUAAUCAACACUGCUACACUUUUUACAAAGUCAUGUUACUAAGUCGACUUUGAUUUUACAAAGUUUGUGUUACAAUCACCGUAGUUACAGAAGUUAUUUUUACUAAAAUGUAACUGUCAUCAAAAAGUACUGCAGACAAGCUUUGUUGAUAAUAGCAGUCAUUACGAAGCCAACUUUUAGUUCUGUACAAAGUUGUGCACUUGUGACAUGGACAGCAUUAGUAUAAUGAAGCCGAUGUAACAAAGUUGAUUCUGAAAGUAAUUUGCGAAAAGUCAAACCAUGAAGUUACAUUCAUACUCAGUUCAUAAAUGGCAUUGUCAAAAUCAACUUUAUAACAUUAAUUUAAAAAGUCAACCUCAACUUUGUUGAUCAUACCCAAGUCUUUUUCAAAGUCAACAUAGUUGCGCACAACUUGCGCAAGUUGCGUAAUAUCAAGUUCAUAAAUGACUUUGUUGAAGCUGAUUUGCAAAAGUCAAGCUAACCAAGUCAACUUCGUUGAUUUUAUUGACAUCUUUUAUGAAGUUACAAUAGCAAAUUUGUUUUCAUAGAUUACUUGGAUAGCUGUUCAUUCCAACUGUUACGUGACUUUGUUAGGUUCGUAAAUUACUUUGUCAAAGUCAAAUUUGUAAAAGUCACUUAUGAGGUCAUCCUCAACUUCGUUAAUGAAGUGUGGAGUGUGUAGCACUUUAUGGAUUAUGACGGUCGGAUUGUUGCUUUGUUGUGUUGUGUUACUUGAAUCGCCAUUGAUCGCAGAACGUUAGUUCUUCUGCUGCUCUUUUUGGAGUUCAUGUUCUCUCCUUCAUCAUGGACAUGAGCUCAUGGGCUCUUGUCAUCUUCUGUGUAUGUGUGUUGAUUCAAAUUUGUCAUGUCUAACUACAUCUGGCCAUAAUGUUUUGAUUUCUUUUGAUAUUUUAAUUGUUUGUAGCAGCGUCACUUCUUUUGUUGUUGGGGAAUCAUGCGAUUUCCCCCCUGCAUGACUCUUAAUGGGAUGGAGCUUGUUGCUAUAGUUACUGUAUUAUCAGCGUGUGAUUGGACCGAGCUCGAUGAUGCCCCUCCCCCUCCUUUAUAUGGAUCAGACAGUAACUUUUUAAAGCAGUCACAUAACAGGUGUUUCUUUACCAGACUCGAUCACUUGAGUUGUUAAUUUGGGAUCUUUUGAUUCUCUCGUACUUGCUGUGAUAACUCUACAUGUCGUUCUUGUUAUUUACAGAUUAUUUAAAAAUGAAAUUAAAUGAUUUCCCUCUCAGAA